UGGAUUGAAGAAUAUUGCCAAAUUUGUCGUUAUUCACUUGAUGUCAAAAAAUGUUAUAAUCAAAAAUGUUGCAAGCCUUCUUGGGUACCAAAAGUAACUGUUUUAUUGCAAGAAAAUAAUGGAUUCUUACCUCCUGUUAUCCAAGGAUGUGACCAACAUUUUUUAAACCCUAUUCAUAUUCUUGAAUACUAUGAUAAACUUAAAAUUUCUCCUUAUGACAAGCAUUGUCCCUCAAUUUCAACAGAAAUGCAUCAAUACUUAAGUUGUUCAGAAUGUAAAAAAUAUUUUUCUAUCUUAAAAUUUAUUCAAAAACAUAAACUUCAAUCUUCAAAUUGUGGAAACCAAAGUUCUAUCACAGAUUUUUUCAAAAAUACUCUCUCUAAUUCUGCAAUAUAUGAAGAUUUCGUUUAA